CAAAUGUACACGAUCAGGCGCAUCAAGCGCUGAGCCUUCCGGCACUACAGCCAUGUGCAAUGAUUCACCUUGAUUCGGGCUAACCCCAGAUGGGCCGAUAAGCAAUGCCCUUGUUUUGCUGUUCAGAUGCAGGCGAGAGCUCCGGCAGUGUCUUAUCGAGACUACCAUAGUUCACCUUCACUUGUCACGCCAGGCUCAACUUUGCGCGGGGGUAUCGGCGGAGACGUCUACUGUUAUACAACAUUCGUGAGCCUGCCCUCUCGUCCAGCACGGCUCAUUUCCACCUUUCAAGAAAGACUUCAACUCAUAACUCGCGCGAACGUGUGAAACAACCCUUACGUUACGCAAUGGCUGCGACCUCCGGUAAUACUGGUUCUGGAGACCCGGACAUGGUACUGAUCGGAGAACUCAUGGAGGAGAUGUCCCGACACCCACCCGCCAUUGGAGCCAGGAAGCUUCUUGUCGAGCAUUACAUCUCUGUUGGGUGGGUCGAGGCUGCUCUUGACAAUACGAAAGAGCUCAAAAAUCUGGCGCCAGGGGAUGUCGAUGUUGGAAGGUUUCUACAGGUGCUUGAGAAGAAGCCUGAGCCACCCGUGCCAGAAAGGACGACACUACCACCGCCGCCGAAGUACCCUACAGAGAAACCCGUCGAAAGGCUAGUGUGGGACCCCAAGUCAGGCCGAUACAAGAAGACAACGGCACCGAAGCCAGCUGAGAAGAAACUAGAAACCUCUGUUGUUGACGUUGGCGACAAUCUUGAUGCAGCACGGCAGGAUCUUGUCACAGGGUAUCAAGCACUCCGAGCCAAAGCAGGUUUCAUCCUUACCGAUUUGAUGCACCUUCAGGCUUUGCAAAAGAAGGCAAACAUCAGUCCCUCGAAGAAUACUGUCAAAGUCCAGCGGAUUGUGGAUGGUCAAGUGAACACGUCGACACAGCUAUGUACCCCUCGCACCACAGCGCGCGCUAUGCGAGACAGCCCAAAGGAUGCUAUGAGCAUUGCUAUCGCAGAUAUGGAAGAAGCGGUAAGGUGGCACAAAAAAUUUCUUGGUCAUACACCGGGUGCAAGCACCGACGCGCUCCGAGACGCACUCGUCAAGCGGAAGGUCGCAUUGGAGGUCGCGUUACCAGACAACCUCAAACCCUACUGCGAAGUUGCGCUUAUGCACAUGGAACAUGAGCAAUUCGAUCGCAACUACGCCAAUACCGAGACGAUGUACGGUGACGAAGUUAAGGAUAUACCGCGCUCAAACUUCUACGUCACUGAGGACAACUACGCAUGGGAUAUGGAUGAGCUUGUAGCUGCCAUCAAGGCUGGCAGUGGAGUACUGCGCAAUCCGUUGAGCAAACAGAUGUUCACUCCAAAGGAUGUGAAAGGCAUCUAUAUGCAUUCACUGGCCAAUUCGCUCGCCGCCCUUGCAGUUGAGCAGAAGGAAAUGUCUAAAGGAGUUCGCCCUGAAACAAUUAAUCGAAUGGAGAAGCUGUCGAGCAUACUCCUAGAGGACCAGUCUGCUGACACCAUGCCGAGCCGCCACGCAGUGGACGAAUUUCUUGCAUAUGUUGCAACUUUACCUGAACGAGAACAGAAAGCCAUCGAUGGUCUCAAGUGUCCCGCGAAGGACAGCCACACUGGUCAGGCCUAUGACUCGAGCAUCGGUGAGGCGGUGCGCGAUGCCAAAGGCAACCGAGUAUGCUUUCACAAGACGGGCGAUUUCAUCGGACAGGCUGCUGCGCAUUUACGGCAGCAAAAAGGUGUCGUGGCUGAUUCGGAAAAGUGUGGUAUCAUGUGAAAGCUGAGAGUAGUCAUACACCUCUUAUUCGCCGGGGAUCAAGAUGUCAACUCAGCUAAGCAUAGAGUGUGGUACCAGCAGAUGCAAAUGGAUAGGCUUCCUUGGAUGGAUCAUACCUUGGCGGUUGCUCGGCGCCUGUGGCUCUUGCAGAACAGCCCGUCAAAUGACAUGAUAACAGGAUCUUCGCACAGCAGACUACAAGGCAGUACCCACUGUGAACACCUAUGUAUAUCCAUGUUCAUUUCCCAAAAUGGCUCAGCUAUCAUGGCAUCGCAUCUCUACAUAUCUAC